GACUCGUCGACGGAAGCAGUCGCGUCAACCGACAGCCGUCAAACCGAUUGCAAAGAGCGCGUGCGUGCGUGAACCGUUUCACGGACGGAACAGAGGCCCUGGCUUCCAGUAGCUACUCUUCCGUUAGUUUAACAAGAUUUUUGUGGGCCAUAACUCUGUGCCGUGCCAAGGGGCAAAAAGCUAAAAAUAAGUGCAACCUGUCUCUGUGCCUUUAUCGGAAGAAAACUGAUAAAAAAAAUAAAAAAAUACCAGCAAGUUGGGAGAACACACAUUAUCUCUACUGUCUAUAGGGCAAAACUCGUUUCGAGAAGCUCUUGUGCAAAUUGCCAAUCAAUUAUAUGUAAAGAAGGAAAAGGCAGCAAGCAACCAGCAAAGAAAAUAUACAUACAUACUAUAUUGUGUGUACAUACGAGUUCGCUUCUAGGGAAAAGUGUCUAAGGGCAUCUCGCAUCCCAAGUGGUUUAUCUUGAUGUCAAAGCUUAUCUCGCUUAGCCUCGAGAGCUCUCAGUGAGGGUGUUCGUUGCGGGAGUGUGUUUUGUGACUUUGUGUGUUUGUGCUGUCUUCAGUGAGUGCGAGGGAGAGUCAAUACAGCAGCAGCCGAGUGGACCAGACAGACAGUCGUCCAAGAGCGCGCAAAAUCAGAUCAUUUAACUGAGAUUCCAACCGAUAUAGGGACGGCUUCCGCUUGAUCAAUUGUGCGUAUCGUAUCCCCAUUAUGACAGCUGAGACACUCAAGCCGUUUAUAACACCAACGAGUGCCGGCGGCGGCUUCCCGGACAAGCAAUCGAGCGCCGCAAAAGCCCAGCGUAAGACGCGACAGCUCAUCCCAAUUGUCUUGGGAGUAGUUGGUCUGGCCCUGGUCGUUGCCAUCCUUAGCUUAACGAUCUGGCAGUCGUCGCGUCUCACACAUCUGGACAAGGAGCUGCAGAGUCUUAAGCGGGUCGUCAGCAGCCUCCAGCAGCGUUUGGGUAUAUCAUAUCUGGACGAACUCGACGAUUUCCAAAAGGAGUACGAGAAUGCGCUCAUUGAAUAUCCCAACAAACUGGACGGCAUCCCCGACGAUGACGACGACGGCGACGGCGAUGGGGAUGCGGAGGAUGGUGAUGAGGACAUAGAUGCAGACGACGAGGACGGCUUUUUCAUCGACCAUGGGGAUGAAGAAGGAGACGGGAGUCUCUAUGACGAGUACGACGAACCGGAGGAAACCACGCCAGCGCCUAACACGGAGGAACCGGAUGGCAACAACAGCGCCUCGUCUGCCUCUAACGAUGACAACGUCUACGAUGAUUUUACCAACUACAACGAUUCCAAAAAGAAGAAAAAUAGGAGGAAGUCUCGCUCGAUUGCCGAUGUGCGCAAUGAGGUGCAGACAACCCAAUCCAACCAAACGGAGCUGAACGAGAAGGCAUCCACUGAGGCCAAGGAGAGCUCAUCCUCAGGGCAUCACAACCAUCGCCGCAAGCUGCGUCUACGCACCAGUCGCCAGAGGGUUCUGGUCCGGAAAGCCAAAUCCACAGCCAGCUCGGGCUCCCGCACCCCAGCCGCACACUUCCAUCUGAAUCGCAAGGUGCCGCACCACAAUGCCCCCAUUCAACUGAGUUCGCACCAGGGAGACAUGUACAUUGGACAUGCCACAGCGGGCAGCGACAACGCGUGGCAGGAGUACUUCAGUAUCAUCAACGGAGUUCUGACGGCCCAUCAGCCGGGACUGUACUACGUGUAUGCCCAGAUCUGUUACAACAACACGCACGAUCAGAACGGGUUCAUUGUGUUCCACGGCCACAACGCCUUUCUACAGUGCCUGAACACGGUGCCCACGAACAUGCCCCAGAAGAUUCACACGUGCCACACCAGUGGACUGAUCCAGCUGCGCGAGCAGGAGUCGAUUCACCUGCGGGACAUUCAUCGCGAUCGCAACGUACUGCUGAGGGACUCCAACAAUCGCAGCUACUUUGGCAUCAUCAAAUUGUAGGCUCCAAUCCCAGCCUCGUGGCCAGUUUAAGCUUUAGUAGUCCUGUCCCUCCGCUGGACUGGACUGCUCGUGAAUACAGUCCAUCGCCUGCAUGGAUCUGAUAGUUUAUAGAUCCUUCUUAGCCUUAGUUACUCAUAAUCUCAAGCCGAAUCAUGCAUAACGCAAUGAAAGCACAAAGCUGAAAACCACAUGAAAAUCAUAUUUAUUUUGUAUAUAUUCGUCAAUAAAAAUCUAGUUCAACUUG